AUGAAGCCAAUCACAAGAACGGACCCACAACACAGCUUAUCAGCCCCUAAAAAAUUCAGUACUCGUGAAAAGCCUAUUUUUGACUUCACAAACGUCAAAAUCUCCCCUGGUGCAUCUCCAUCUACCUUUAUAGUAGAAAAUAUCCCUAUAGAUCAUAGUUCUCAUAAGCAGCAAAACAAUGUUUUUUUCAAUUCUGCAAUUCCUAUCCCUGAGCUAAAAAUGCUUGGCGAUAUUGAUGCUAUUGAUGAAGAAUCUGAAGAAGAGCACGACACCCUUUCAAGCUGGGAAAUCAAUCGUAAAAGAUUUGACCAAUGGAUGUCUAAAAGCUGCUCAGGAGUUCCCAAUGAUCCUGUCAAAUUCCACGAAGAACUGAAAAAGCUAAAAUCUCACAAAAUCGUAGACCCAAUGCCACUGCAGCUGACUCCUCCACCACCAGGGUUUGAAAAAGUGGCCAAAAUUGACAAGUCAAAAGUCGAAGAAGCAAAAAAUCCAACAAGAAUCACGAGUGAGCCUGAUAAAAGCUAUUUAAAAGUGGAAGAAUCGAAAAAAAAAUUCACAUGGGCUGAUUUGUCGAGUGACUCAGAUUUUACGCCAACUCCUGUAUCUAUAUUAAAAAAGCAUGAAAAAGAGCCUGUGAAGGGUAUACAAAUCGAGCAGCAGCCUAUAAUCUUGAAAAGUCCGCCUCAGAAAGGCAGUUUAGUUAAGAGAGAAAAAAGAGGAAAAUUCAAUGAAGAACAAGUAAUCGAGAAAAAAUUUACAGGAAAAUUGAAAUUUUAUCAGCUGAAAAAAAGAUUUGGAUUUAUUACUCUUGAUGUAGACCAAGCUGAUAUAUUUUUGUGUGAAGAUGAUUUACUACUGUCUGGAAUCAACCAUAAAAAGUUCAAAGAAAGUGUAAUCAGUAAGCAACCCAUGAGUUUUAGAUUUCAUAUAAAAAAAUACAUAGAAAAUGGGAAGGAAAAGCGCAAGGCAAUCGAUAUUGAGAUAAUUGAUUGUUAA